UGUAUUCUUUUCUUGUACCCGCAAUCUUACUCCACCUCUCCUUGCUUGCUCCCUGAGAAGACGGAGGAAAAUGAUGGAAGUUUGAAAAUUUUUUCAAUCCUUCUCUCUCGCUUGUUCUGUUUAUUGGACUUGCGUUUGCGUCAUUUGAUUUGAUGGUUUUGUAUUUAAAUUUUUGAGUUUCUUCCUUUUCUCUGCGGCAUUUUCUCAGCGACCAAAUAGAGUUGGAAUCAAUGAGCUUGAGCCUGAGCUUCUUUGUGGAUUGAUUUUGGUUGUGAUUUAGGAGAUUAGGUAAAAUCCAACUGCUUUUGUGAUGUGGAAGUCUUCACCUGACAACAUUGUGUUCUGUUUUAGCUUCUGAGUUCAGAUGAGGACAGUUCCCAUGUGCUUCUCAAUCUUACAAGUUCCAAGGUGCAGAAUUCAUACCUUAGCUAGUUUUUGGCGGGAAAGCUUCCACAGUUUAGGUAGCACUUGCAGAAGCAGUUCUAGUUUUAAAUUACUUGGUUCCCACACUAAUGGGCUUGAAGGAGGAAACAGUAGGAGAUGGACUAGAAGACCAAUAACUACAAAAAGUGAAGGAAGAAACAAAUAUACACAAAGCAGCAAACGAAGCAACAUAAGGCAUGAAAUCGUGGAUGGAACAGUUUCAACAAGUACUAAGUUAAUUGUAGAUAAGUUAGAGAUAAGUGAAUCCCAAAGAAUUCAAUACUGUGAGGUCCAAGAAAAGGUCACUGAGAAUAAGGACCUUGCCAAACUUGUGACAGUUAUUGUUUUUGAUACUGAGACUACUGGGCUUAGCAGAGCAAAUGACCGAAUUAUUGAGAUUGGCCUUCAAGAUCUUGGGGGGGGCGAAAGCAGCACUUUCCAAACACUCGUGAAUCCUGAACGCAUAGUGCCAAAUCCGCAUGUCCAUGGCAUUACAACCUAUAUGGUCAAUAGACCUGAUGUCCCAAGGUGGAAGGAUUUGAUUCCAAUCUUGCUGCAGUACGUCGAAAGCCGCCAGAAACCUGGGGGGCUCAUCUUGUGGGUUGCUCACAACGGGCGAUCCUUUGAUGUACCCUUCUUGAUCAAUGAGUUCAGCCGCUGCAACACAGAGGUUCCUCCAAAUUGGCGGUUCAUGGACACGCUUCCCCUGGCUCGGGAACUCAUAAAGUCUGCAGGGUCAGAUCACCCUUCAGGAGCAUCGCUGCAAGCCUUGCGGGAGUACUAUAGAAUUCCAUUAGUUGGUCCAGCUCACAGAGUCCUGUCGGAUGUGUACACGCUGUCGCAGAUCCUCCAGAUGCUGACUUUCAACUUGAAAUUGUCAGUUGCUAAUCUUCUGGAUCGAUCAUUCACAGCCUCUGACAUAAUCAAUCCUAAGAAGAAGAAGAAUUCAAACUAGUGUAGGGCCAUGGCUUUGCUCUGGUAACAACUAUUUGUUGUAAUCUUUUUAACUCAAUUCAUAUCAAUAAAAUCUUGUCAGGCCAUUAUUUAUAUGCUCCCCAAA